GUUUGCUGUCCAGGCCAGACGGCGAGGAGGAAAUGCUGGGAUCAAGCAGGUCUAAAGAGCGGAAGAGGGCAAAAGUCCCCCUUGAAAAGUGGAGUGUUAUUUGUACACAGGAAGACCGUCUGACUGCAAGAGAUCGGAGUUCCUGCUAAAAGCCCGGGCAGUCUUGGUUUGAAGGAGAGAGCCGCGUGUCUCCUUCGCGACCCGACCCCCCCGGCCCUUGCCCGCUCUCCGAGUGUCGCAAGCAGGGUGCUCCGCCGUUUCUAGGGUCAAUCCUGUCUGCGUGAUCUGGAUCCAUAAGCGAGUUGCAACGGCGUCGUCGUCACAUGCCCUCCUGUGUUCCUCCCGGAGGAACCCACAGCCGCACCUGCAAGUCAGUCACGCCAGCUUGCUAAGGCACAACACUUGGAGGCGCGUGAUUCCUUCCCCCCCCUUGUAGUCAACAUCCGCACUCCUACCCCACCCCACAACACCAAUGCACGCACGCCUUCACCCACCCCAAACUCCAUCUAGUUUUCUUUUCCAUCUUGGAGCAAACGAGGUGGUGGCAACGCUAUGACUCAUGCCUCCUGCGUCGCUGCCGAUCAGCCGACGAGCCAGGCUUUUAAAAAGCAAAUCCCACCAAGUCCGGGUGUGCGUGCGCGCGCUUGUGGGGAAAGGUCAUCUCGCCUUGCAUUCCAGGGGCUCCAUUGGUAUUCCGGCGGCGUCGGUGGCGGAGUUUAUAAACGCCAAGUCCUUCCAAAGCUGGGAUAUCUCGAUCUUCUGUGUCGGACUCUGGGGGCUGCUGCUGGCUCUGGCGCCCUUGGCAGUAAAUCCUUUUGUUGGAAAUCAGAGCAAACCCUGAGGGAGGAAACCCUGGGCUCUGAACCUGAUGGCCGCCUCGGAUCCGUCCUCCUCCAAUACGGCUCAGGAUCCCAACCCGACGAAUUUACGCCCCACAACCUAUGACACGUGGUGUGGGGUGGCUCAUGGCUGCACGAAGAAAAUCGGGCUCAAGAUUUGUGGGUUCUUGCAACGGAACAACAGCCUGGAAGACAAGAGCCGCCUGGUGAGCGCGCUCAAGGAGAGGCAGCCGGCCAAGACUCUGCUGGUGACCUGCGAGAACAACGAGAAGGAAGCCCGCUUCCGGAGGACCGAGACGGACUUCUCCAACCUCUACGCCCGCGAUUUGCUGCCAGCCAAGAAUGGCGAGGAACAGACGGUGCAGUUCCUUCUGGAGGUGGUGGACAUUCUCCUGACCUACGUGAGGAAGACCUUCGACAGGUCCACCAAGGUGCUGGACUUCCACCACCCACACCAGCUCCUCGAAGGCAUGGAAGGCUUCAAUCUUGAACUCUCCGACAACCCGGAGUCACUUGAGCAGAUUCUGGUGGACUGCAGGGACACGCUGAAAUAUGGAGUGAGGACAGGUCAUCCUCGUUUUUUCAACCAGCUUUCUACAGGGCUUGAUAUCAUUGGCUUGGCUGGGGAAUGGCUGACCUCUACGGCGAAUACGAACAUGUUUACCUAUGAAAUUGCCCCCGUUUUUGUCCUCAUGGAACAAAUAACACUUCGAAAAAUGAGAGAAAUUAUUGGAUGGUCAAAUAAGGAUGGAGAUGGAAUAUUCUCACCAGGUGGUGCUAUAUCCAAUAUGUAUAGCAUCAUGGCAGCCCGCUACAAAUAUUUCCCAGAAGUCAAAACGAAAGGCAUGGCUGCAGUGCCAAAACUGGUCCUCUUUACCUCAGAACAUAGUCACUACUCAAUAAAAAAAGCUGGAUCUGCACUUGGUUUUGGAACUGAAAAUGUGAUUUUGGUAAAGUGCAAUGCAAGAGGCAAAAUAAUACCAGCUGAUUUGGAAGCCAAAAUUCUGGAAGCCAAACAAAAGGGAUACGUUCCCCUUUAUGUGAAUGCAACGGCUGGCACAACAGUUUAUGGGGCCUUUGAUCCAAUCCAUGAGAUAGCAGACAUCUGUGAUAAAUACAACCUUUGGCUCCAUGUGGAUGCUGCCUGGGGAGGUGGAUUACUCAUGUCCAGAAAGCAUCGUCAUAAGCUAAACGGAAUAGAAAGAGCCAACUCUGUCACAUGGAACCCACACAAGAUGAUGGGAGUUUUGUUACAAUGUUCUGCUAUUCUUCUUCGGGAGAAGGGUAUACUUCAGGGUUGCAACCAGAUGUGUGCAGGGUAUCUGUUCCAGCAAGACAAGCAAUAUGAUAUAACGUAUGACACGGGAGAUAAAGCAAUACAAUGUGGUCGCCAUGUGGACAUAUUCAAAUUCUGGUUGAUGUGGAAAGCCAAGGGUACCGUGGGAUUUGAAGGUCAGAUCAACAAAUGUCUUGAAUUAGCAGAAUACCUCUAUAAUAAAAUAAAAAACAGAGAGGAGUUUGUGAUGGUUUUUGAAGGAGAGCCUGAACACACAAACGUUUGCUUCUGGUACAUUCCACCAAGUCUCAGAGGGAUGCCGGACUCUGAGGAAAGAAGAGAGAAACUACAUAGGGUGGCACCCAAAAUCAAGGCUCUGAUGAUGGAAUCAGGCACCACAAUGGUUGGAUAUCAGCCGCAGGGAGACAAAGUCAACUUCUUCCGAAUGGUUGUUUCAAAUCCUGCCGCUACCAAGUCUGACAUUGACUUCCUGAUUGAGGAGAUAGAAAGACUGGGGCAGGACCUGUGAUGCACUGUAAUGGCCUGUUUUACUUCUCCAGAACGCUAUUUUCCAAUGCUGGCUCUUUAAAAAAAAAAACAGUUCUGUAGCAAACAUUUUAAGGUAAUCUCUUUCUAAAUGUUUAAUUCAUCUGAGAUGUUCAUUUUAAAACAGUCUCUCUCUCUCCCUCCCUCCCUCUCUCUCUCUCUCUCUCACACACACACACACACACACACACCUAUAGAUUUCUGAAACAUAUUUAUGUAUUAUACAGAGGGGAAAAGAUAUUAUCUUAGGCUGUAUAACUGACCCACUUUGAUCCUGAUAAUUUCUAGGUAACAGGAAGCUAAUUCUAGUAAGAUAGCUGAUUAAGAAUAUAUAUUAUAGAAAUAAAAUGGUGAUAUGUCUAAGAGUAAUUCACAGUGUUCUUUCUAAUGCAAAAGUAUUCUCAGUCAAGAACUGCUCUUGUGUAGCUCCAUUCAUGUCAAUAGGGCUUGACCAGAGCAUUGCUUGUUAGACUGUACUCCAGUGUUUAUACUCUAAGUUACCUGGGGAUUUACACCCAUUCGUUUCAGAAGAGCCAUCUGCCUUCUGCUGGUCAGUGGCAAAAAUUGCUGCUACUUUUAAUGAGCACAACCCAGCUGAAGUGAAGCAUUUUUUAAAGAACUGAAAUCAAUAACACUUAAGACCACUUGGUGUUAUUGUGCUUGUGUGUAGCAUGUCAGGGUUGUGCCCGUUAUUUAGGUUUGGGGUGUAAAUAAGCUAAUGUUUCCACCAAAACGCAAACUCAUGCAAUGACCAGGCGAAUUCAUGAUCUCCCUGGUGAAACUGGGAACGGAAACAUUUUUAAAGAUGUAGAUGCUUAGGAACUUAAGAAAAUGUUUAAACAUUAUUUAAACUUCAUUGUUGGUGCUUCUCAGAAACAAACCCAAAAGAGAACCACCUAGUAGCUGUGUGUAUGUCCCCUUCAGUUCUCAUAUCAAGGGGACUGUAGUAGGCUCGUAGCUGAGUUGUUGUAAUAGAUUGUAUUAUUGUUGUAUUUUUUAGAAUUCAAUUUGUGUAGAUUGUGUACAUUACUGUUAAAUGGAGAGGGGGUUAAAUGUCAUAAUUUUUCAACAAGAUAACUGUUCAGUUCUAGGUAUAUGAACUGUUUGCUUCUUUAUAUGCAAAGAUUUACCAUGCUAAAGACUUGUCUUGUAUUUUCUUCCAUUUGUAAUGUAUCCUAUUUAUAUAAUUAUCAAAGGUUCUAAAUAACGUUUAUUGGUAUUUUAGUGUAUUUGUGAGCCAAAGAGGAGGUUGAAAAUUAGCUGACAUGUUUAUAUAAUAGUGCCCUUAAAACAGUAACUUAAAUAAUUUUACUGUCUAUAAGAAACCCUAACACUGUAUAUAGAUUUUAGUGUAAUGAAAUCCUUUCAUUUUAAUAGAGAUGUCACCUUUGCUAAUGAUACUGUAGACUGUCUGUACAUUCAGUGUUCUGGUUGCUUUUUAUUUCUUUUUCCUUCUAGUGAUUCACGGAUGCUUAAACCAGGCCCCUACACAUUCCCCUGGUUGUUGAGGGCCAAAUUCUGUAGUUUAGAUAAAUUCUAUGGCAAGAUCAGCAAAGACCAUUCUGUGAAAGAGCCACAUUUAGGUCUGUCUCCUGACUCUGAAAAGAAUGUCAUUUGAAAUGUAGAAGAGUGGAGAAAGAGGAGCUUGCCACAGAACCUGUGUUGAGUUAUGGGUGCCUUGACGUAAUAAUGUCGCACUGUCUAGUUCUCCGGCUCAGCUCAGAUUUUUUUUUUAGCUAAGCCUCCAGUAUUAAAUGGGAGUCCUCAGUCAAUCGCAUGACUAGUGGGCCAAGCAAAGUUACAGGACUGUUGACACAAUUACUCCAGUCAAGCCACGUCUGCUGACUUCAGACCUUCCCAGAAAUGCUACUACGGUAAUGAUUGCUGCUAGCUUCAAUUAAAGACUGCACAAAGCUCCUCAAGGUGCCCGUCCUACUGAAAGGAAUGGAGCACUUGUAAAUCAACAAGAAUUGCAUGCAGAUAACUUAAUACGGGAUUUAUGUUCUGGAUUUUAACAAAUAAAUAAUAAUGUUUUCUUGGGAAA